AUGCAGCCCGAGGCGCAGAAACGGCGGUCGCGGUCAGGUUGCACUGAGUGCCGCCAGCGGCAUCGCAAGUGUGACGAGAAGAAGCCUGCAUGCACUGGAUGCCAGCGCGCCGGCAAGCAAUGCACCUACACCAUGCGGCUCUCCUGGGGGGGCCGGCCCUUCUCCAAGUCCCGGUUUGGCGAGUGCAUGAAGAGCGAUCCCAGCCUCGUCCAGCUGCCGGUCGUCUCGUCUUCAGGAAAUCCGGCGUUUAUUUAUGGGUCCAAGGCGGGAGAGCGCUCCUCUAGCUCUGUAGAUGCCGUGGUGGAACAGUCGCAGGGGCAGCAGGCUUUACAAUGGGGAUACUCUCGCGGGCGUCGAUGCCCCGAGGAUCCUGGCUUAAUAUUAGUUGAUAUCGACAAUAAUGACGAGAAGGUCCCUUCGCCGGCGUCUCCGCCGCUCUCGUCAGCGUCGGCAUCGGUUGCUGACGAGCCCCUCGAGUUCGAAAGCCGCCUGGUUAGAUAUACUCCACCGACCCCUGACGUGCAGCCAAACCCGUUCGAGUUGAGCUGGCUGCCCAAGCAGCAGCAGAGACUCCUCGACCACUUCAUUUCAUGCACCACCCUAUCGAUGUCUUGCCAUUCGCCGAUCCAGGAUAUGUUUUGCCGGGUUCUCGUACCCAUGGCCACACAGACCCCUCAUCUCCUCAGUGCCCUGCUAAGUCUUGCUGCUACUCACAGAUUGACACUAGGCAUGGACCAGAGCAUGUCGGAGCUCAAUCAUCUCAAGGCUUCCAGUCUCCGCCAGCUGCAGGAGGCCCUGGCUAAGCCAGGAGCCAGCAUGGACGAAUCAGUAGUCGCGACUACCCUUACCCUCUGCCAUUCUGACUUUGUUUCAGAUGGCCGCAGCCCGGGCUCCUGGCGCUCUCAUCUACAAGGCACUACAGCAAUAAUAGCCUCCUAUCUAGAGAACUCAAAGUCUGGCCCAGAGUCACUCACCAACACCAUGUCCCUUCUAUGGCGGUGGUAUCUGUCCAUAGAAACCGUUGCUCUCUUAACAGGCAACCUUGUUAUGCCAAACGAUUCCCGCGCCCUUCUCCAAAUGCGGAAACUGAUCAGUGAUGAUAAAAUCGAUGACCUGGCUGGAUUCUCUUCCUCGCUAGGACCGGUAUUUAAGCAAAUCAACCGUCUUGCUAUAGAAGCCGAUCUUGCUCUUAAACAAGAUGACGGCCAUGUACCCAGGGACUCAGACCCCAAGAAUCGCAUUCCGCUUUCGGUUCUUGAUGAAAGUUACCAACUCAUUAACGAGAUACAUUCGAAGAUGGGCCCGCAAGAACGGAGAUUCAGGCCAACUGUCGAUGCUUCAGUUCACAAAAAUGACUUUGCUAUUGUCGACGAAGCCUUCCACCACGUCGCACUGGUUCAGAUAUACCGCCGUGUCCUCAACCUGACCUCGACAGACCCCUUGGUUCAGAGCUCGGUGAAGCAUAUCAUCAGCCGAAUAUGCAAAGUACGGUUCCUGGGUGAACCGUGCCCUGGAAUCGCCGUUCUUCAACCUCUCUUUACAGCGGGCUGUGAAGCGUCAAGCGGGUCAGACAGGGAUAGUAUCAACACUCUUCUUUUGAACUUUGAACAUCGCUAUGGCAUGGGAAAUGCAAGGAACUGUCGAUCAUUUUUACAGGACCUAUGGGUCAUGAGAGACAAGAGCGAUGAUGUAGAAGGGAAAACUAGGUGGGAUAAGGUUAUGGUGGACAAGGGACUUGAUAUCCUUCCUUACUGA